ACUCUCCCUUUGUUGAAAAGGGAAAAAUGAGAGGAAAGCAUCCAGAAGGAGCUGCCGGUGGCUCACCCUGGGUUGCAAAUGGAGAAGACAGAGGUCAAGCCAUGAUCCAUCACUUUGAGUUUAUACACUGCAGCUUCAGGGUGCACAGAGCCAUGGCCCCCGCACUGUACCUGGCACUGUUGCCCUGAAACCGGGUAUCAGCGAUGGAGUCUGCCCAGGUGCCCGAGGCAUUCGAAGAGGUAAUAGUAAUUGCCACGGAUAAGCAAUGGUCUCUCGCAACCCCCCUGCAGAGAAAUCAGGCGCCUGUGCUCGAGCCAGCCCUUCUGCAGCGUUUUGCUCUUGGAGGAGAUGUUCAACUGGUUGAAGUCUCUGCGUUAACAAGAGGCAGCCCAUUACCUUCGUACAGCCCUGGGCUGCUCAUUCAUCUGGAGCAAGGGGAAGAGGCUUGGAUCCCCGACAUCGAGACCUCUGAGGAUGAAGAACCGGUGAGACCCCUCCUGAGGCUGUGGGCGAGGAAGAGGAAGCGGUGGAAAAGCUGCCGAGAUGCAGCAAGUUCCUCCGGCUCCAAUUCAUCCUACUCAGGGGAUGGGUUGACAAGCGAGACGGAGGACAGUUCACAGGAGGAAGAGGGAGAGUGGGUGGAGCUGCGUGGCGAGACCAUGAGGAAUCCCAAAGAUGGUACCUCCCUGGGUUACGAGCACCACAAGAGCCACUCGGGACGGAGAUCGGCUUCCUCCAGCCACAACGGGAGGAAGCAUCCACACAAGAGCUCAUCGAGGAUAGAGCUAGGGCAACACAAGCACGCGUGCAGGAAGUGUGGGAAGAGCUUCAGCCGUGGCUCAUCUCUCAACCGGCACCAGAGGGUCCAUGUGGGGGAGAAGCCUUUCGCGUGCUGCAGGUGUGGGAGAAGUUUUGUGUGCAGCUCCAGCCUCAAAGACCACCUGAAAAACCCCUGCCAGGAGAAACCCUACAAGUGCCCCAAGUGCGAGAAGCGCUUUGUGUCCAGCAGCUCUCUCCAGAAGCAUUGCAAGCUCCACCACGAGAGCAACGUGUACCAAUGCUCUGAGUGUGGGAAAAACCUCACUUCCAACUCCGCUCUUCUCAUCCACCGCAGGAUACACACCGGCGAGAGGCCCUACAAAUGCCCAGAGUGUGGGAAGUGCUUCAUGGCCAACAAGUCGCUUAGCAAGCACCGCAAGAGCCACACAGAGGAUGGGAUCUUUGUCUGUCCAGACUGCGGGAAAAAACUCACUUCCAAUUCAACUCUCAUCAUCCACCGGCGCAUACACACUGGUGAGAGGCCCUAUGAGUGCCCCGAGUGUGGGAAGCGCUUCAUGGCCAACAAGUCGCUCAGCAAGCAUCGCAAGAGCCACCUGGAGGAGGGGACCUAUAAAUGUCCCCAGUGCAGGGAAAGCUUUACAAAGAACUCAGCCUACGUAGCCCAUCUCAGGACCCACCAGGGUCAGCCCUCUUAUCGCUGCUCCGACUGUGGGGAAGCCUUCUUUGAAAGCUCGGCGUUCAACCAACACCAGAAAAAGCACUUGGUAGGGAAACGCUAUCAGUGCCCUGACUGCGGGAUGGGUUUCACUCUUCCCUCAGCCCUCCUCCUCCACCAGAAAAGCCAUGUGGGGCCCAGGCCCCAUGUCUGCUCCGACUGCGGGAAAGCCUUUCGGGAGACCACGUCCCUCCGCAGGCACCAGCGCAUCCACACGGGUGAAAAGCCCUACCAAUGCUCAUACUGUGAGAAAAGCUUUCGGGCCAGCUCCACCCUCAUCAUCCACCAGAGGAUCCACACUGGGGAGAAACCCUACAAAUGCACCAAAUGCACCAAGUGCUUCAUGUCCAGCUCUUCCCUCAUGAAGCACCUGCGGACACACCUCCGGAAGGAGCUGCACAGUGAGUGAGUUGGUUUGGCCCAGCCCUUUCCUGGGGGCCUUCGGGUCUCCAUCCCCACAACAUCGCAGCUCCUCCACAUCCCAUCCAUCUUAUCAAGGAUAAAAACUUGAGUUUCACUGCUGCUUGUGCCUUCAACUUUUACUAUUCCUCCCAAACAACCCUCUGAAGAUUACAUCUGUGAAUUAAGGAGGACCGGGCAUGCAGCUGUUGGUCAUGGCACAGCUUCUCGUAGUGCUUAGGGAACAUGGUGGUCAGUCAGUUCCCAGUCCCGGUGGAUGACUUUGGGGAUGGUGGGAGCCCAGUGGGAUGGAGGAUGAUGGGGUUUUGGAGAUGGUGGGACCCCACUGGGAUGAAGGUGAAUGGGGUUUGUGGUGGUGGAUCUCCACUGGAGUGGAGGACAAUGGAAUUUUGGGAGAUGGGACCUUGCUGGGAGGAAGGAAGAUGGGUUUGGGGAUGGUAGGGUCUCAGUAGGAUAAGAGAUGAGGGUUUUUUGAAUAGUUAGACCCCACAUGGAUGGAGAUGGAUGAUGGGGUUUGCGGACCACUGCUACUGAAUGCGGUGUCUUCCAAAUGCAUUUCCUUCCCCAGUUUCCGCCCUGUGUCUGCUCUUAAUUUUAAUGCUGCAAUGUUUAGAAUAAAUUUCCCAAUGAAUUUGG